CUUAUAUUCGCUAUGGACCUUGACUCUACAGAUAAAGCGUAAAACUUCACCGGCAAGUUUAAGCUUUUCUCGGUUAAUUUGUACAGUUGAAGGUGAGAAGCGGCUACUUGUGGAGAGCUGUAAUCAUGGUGCAAGUUGAUGAAGCAGUGAGCGGUUUUGUUGAGGUUCUUCUGUCAAAUUUGGUUUUAACCUGUGUGUUACUUCUGGCCUGGUACGCUGCUGUCCGCUGGUACAUCAGAGAUUCCUACAGGAUUGGUGGUUUCAGUCAGAAGCAUGUGUUCAUCACCGGCUGUGACAGUGGCUUUGGGAACCUCCUGGCCAGACAGCUGGACCAGAAAGGCUUCAGGGUCACAGCUGGAUGCCUCACAGAGAAAGGUGCUGCAGAUUUAGCAGCAGCGACAAGCCCCAGACUGAAGACCCUCCUUGUGGAUGUUACAGACAGUGCGAGCAUCCGGAGUGCCGUGGAGUUUGUGAAGAGAGAGGUGGGGGAGCGAGGCCUCUGGGGGCUGGUGAAUAACGCUGGCAGGUCGGUUCCCAUCGGACCGCCAGAAUGGAUGCAUCUGGAGAACUUUACAAAGGUGUUGGAUGUAAAUCUGAUCGGGGUUAUUGAUGUAACCCUGCAGUUUCUGCCUCUCCUGAAGAAAGCCAAGGGCAGAGUGGUGAACGUGGCCAGCAUUUUGGGGAGGCUGUCUCUCACCGGUGGAGGAUACUGUCUGUCCAAAUGGGGUGUGGAAGCUUUCUCUGACAGUCUCAGGAGGGACAUGCAGCACUUCGGUAUAAAAGUGAGCAUCAUUGAGCCAGGUUUCUUCAAGACCGGUGUGACCAGUGUAGAUCUCAUCAAUGCUGACUUGAAAAGGCUGUGGGCAUACCUUCCUCAAGACGUUAAGGACUCAUAUGGUGCCACAUACUUAGAUGACUAUAUGAGAAUGCAGGGCUUCUCUAUGAACAUCCUGUGCUCUCCAGAUAUCUCUAAGGUUACCUGGUGCAUGGAACAUGCUCUCACUGCCCAGCAUCCACGGACACGUUAUGGAGCUGGCUGGGAUGCUAAGUUUUUCUGGAUCCCUCUGUCCUAUCUACCUUCAUUUGUCUCUGACUUUAUUGUACAUAUGCUCCUCCCCUCACCUAAAGACAAAACAAGCAGUUGAAUAAAAGAUGGUUAUACACAGUGUAAAAACAUGCCCUCAAUGUUUAUUGGCAUUCCCUGGAAGGAUGAAAAUAUCCUGGAAAUGAUUUUUUUUUAAAAUUCUGAGCAAUGCACUGCAAUUUUGUGGAUUUUGGAGGAUUUUCCCAUCCGAGUUAUAGUCUUGGAUUUAAACUUUUUUCAUUAUUUCUUUGUAGAUAAAGGCAAGUUUAGCAGAGCUAUUUUCUCACAGCCAUUUGACUACAAGCUGCAUCUGAAUCUGCUCUUCUUUUCAAUUUUAAGCAAUGACAAAGAAAUGACUGUCCAUGUCAUUUUAUGCUUCCCAACGAAGAAAUCCUUGAUAUAGUAGUAUCUCAAAAACCCGGGCUCCUUAACAUCUAAUCAAGAUCGUUGAGACGAAUACUGCCCUCUCCUGGACAGUUGUAGGAACAACAUUGAAAAAAAAAAAAUACCUGAUGCAUAACUUUAAUAAACUCAAACGCAAGUCUUGACUGCUUAACUUGGGAUUUUGUAAAA